AAAACUUACCACUCCAGGUACACCACCGUGAUCGUGAGCAGCUCUUACAACUGCAUUUCUCACUAAAUUUCUUACAAACAGAUUACUUUUUCCAAUCAUUUUUAUUUUAGCUAAAAAUGUAAGCUCAAAAUUGAAAAUCGAUUACUUAACCUCAAUCAGUGACAGAGAGACAAUAAUUUGCAAAUGGCUCCUCGCCUCGUUUCCCAUAAAAGAACUAGCACAGCGUUGCCGUUGUGACUUUUUUUUAAAACUAUAAUUAUGUUUAGAGACUUUUAAAAUGAUUUUGAUAUAAUUAAACACAUAACUAUAAGAUUGUGGGAUAAGUUAAAAUGUAUUUUGUACGAUUUGUACCUUGUGCUUUCAAAAUUUAUUAAUUUAAUAAAACCUUUAUCAACCAGAAAAGUUGGCAACGUAGUUAAUCAACGUAAUAUUGGUUGCCUUCAUAUCAGGGACAGAUCAGAUUAUGAAUAAAGACAAGUUUUGAAAUAUUUACCAUUUUUUACAUACCUUAUCUGUGCAUUAUAUAAAUGAAAGCUAUUUGUGGAAGCCAAAAAGCAGUUCCAAAAAACAGACAGAAAACUAACGUCAUCUUAUUCGGAUUUCCAAUAUACUUGCCGCAAGGAACAGCCUAAAAAAAGGCUUUUUAUUACUAACUUAACAAAGUUGUAAAUAUUUAAAUAAUCAAUUUACAUUUUUGGCAUCUCCACCUUCUAGUGGUUUCUGCAAAUAUGCUUGUCUAAUCGGGACUUUAUACAAAUUCGGAAUUAAAGUUCUAGUUAACAAUUUUGUAAUUUUUACAUUUGCCAUUUUAAUGUCAAAUGUCAUAUUAAACAUACAAUUUUGAAACAUACUUGAUUAGGUACCUACACAGGCGUACAAGUAGAUUUAUUUUAGGCAUUCCUCUGCAUAUUACCGUGUUUAUAUAAUCUUUAAAAUGUGAAUAAUAGUUUUUUAUCUACACUUUUUGAUACUACAAGCGACGAUAUUUUCUGUAGAAUAUAUAAAUUUGUUCCGAUCUUCGUUCUCUCCUAAUUAACACGACUGUUUCUUUUUGUCCGGUUUUGACACACGCCUAUGAUAAGAUAUUAAAUUAUCAUUAUCAGAACGAGUUGUUAUUUUAAUGCUUUUGCCCAAUACUCGUAACAAUUUCUACAAAACAUUUAGUUUUGUACCUAGUUAGUUACGUUUUUAGUUAGAUUUAGUAGAGUUAAACAAAAAAAUAAUGUUUUCCAAUAAUAAACACAUUUUAAAUCGUUUUAUAUUAGUAAAAAAUAUUCGUAAAUAUUCAGCAAACGUUAUAAAAACAGAUGUUGACAUUCAUUCUUCACAAUUUUUGGAAAAUAAAGAAAAGAUGACGCACUUAGUGGAAACGCUAAGGAACAAAACGGCGGGUAUUUUAAAAGGAGGAGGAGAAAAAACAGUAAAGAAACAUGUUUCAAAAGGAAAGUUAUUUGUUAGAGACAGAAUCAAGUUACUUUUGGAUAAAAAUAGUGCAUUUUUGGAAUUAUCAACAUUGGCCGCGAAUAAUAUGUACGAAGCAAAUAUUCAAUCGGCUGGUGUCAUUACUGGAAUAGGAAAAAUUAGUGGGAGAGAAUGUAUGAUUGUAGCAAAUGAUGCAACGGUUAAGGGUGGUACUUAUUAUCCCAUGACUGUUAAAAAGCACCUCAGAGCUCAAGAAAUCGCCGAACAGAACAAUAUUCCUUGUAUAUAUCUGGUAGACAGUGGAGGUGCUAAUCUACCUAACCAAGGAGAGAUAUUCGCAGACAGAGAUCAUUUUGGCAGGAUAUUUUUUAAUCAAGCCAAUAUGUCUUCCAAGGGAAUUGCACAGAUAGCUGUUGUCAUGGGCUCUUGUACAGCAGGUGGAGCAUAUGUACCAGCUAUGGCGGAUGAAUCAGUGAUAGUCAAAGAGCAAGGUACCGUAUUUUUGGCAGGGCCACCAUUGGUAAAAGCAGCUACAGGAGAAGAGGUGACCGCUGAAGACCUUGGAGGCGCUGAUCUUCAUUGCACAACUUCUGGAGUUACGGACCAUUACGCUCUAAAUGACGAACAUGCCAUUUCAAUUGCAAGAAAAAUAGUUCAAAAUUUAACCAAUAAACCACCAGUAACUUUCGAUGAACCAUUCGAAGAACCCUUGUAUAAUCCCGAAGAUCUCUAUGGAGUUAUAGAUACCGAUUUGAAGAAACCUUUCGAUGUUAGAGAGGUUAUAGCUCGACUGUUCGAUGGGUCCAAAUUUUACGAGUUUAAGAAAAAAUACGGCGAAACUCUGGUUUGUGGGUUUUCAAAAUUGUAUGGGAAAAGUGUGGGUAUUAUAGGAAACAAUGGCGUUUUGUUUUCUGAAAGUUCGAUGAAAGGAGCUCAUUUUGUGCAACUUUGUACGCAGAGAAAAGUGCCGAUUAUAUUUUUACAAAAUAUUACUGGAUUCAUGGUUGGUCGACAGGCUGAAAUGGGCGGCAUAGCCAAACACGGUGCCAAAUUGGUAACGGCAGUAGCUUGUGCGCAAGUACCGAAAUUUACAGUUAUUAUAGGUGGUUCUUAUGGAGCUGGCAAUUACGGAAUGUGCGGAAGAGCAUAUUCUCCAAGGUUCCUUUAUAUGUGGCCCAACGCGAAAAUAAGCGUAAUGGGUGGACCACAGGCUGCUGGAGUAUUAUCACAAAUUGCUAGUCAUGGAAAGGAAUGGACAGAGAAACAGAAAAAUGAAUUUGAAAAACCCAUUAUUGAGAAAUUUGAUAAAGAAGCAUCACCAUAUUAUAGUAGUGCAAGAAUAUGGGAUGAUGGUGUAAUCGAUCCUAAGGAUACCAGAAAGAUAUUGGCUUUAAGUUUGGCUGCUAGUUUAAAUAAACAGAUUCCAGAUACUAAAUUUGGAGUAUUUAGAAUGUGAAAAUUUAAUAAAUUUUAAGAAAUAAAAAAUAAACUAUUUUACUAUAAUAUUUAUUAUUAUUAUUAACAAAGCUUAAAAAAAUAUUUAUUUAUUUUGAAACAACCGUCGUAUCCCUUUUCUCGAUGCUCCUCAAAUGUUUCUUUUUUAUCUUCUUCAAUUUCUUAGUAUUCGUAAUAACUUGAACCACCUCAGAUUUAAGUCGAUUUUCUUCUUGUUUUUUUAAAUUGUCUCUUCUCCUUUGUUUUUUCAAUUCGCUUUCUUCCUUCUUGGCAGCUUUUAUACUGUUUGACAUUUCUUUUAUAUUUUUUAGCUUUUCCCUCAAAGCUUGUUUUCGUUCUAAAGAGUUGCGAAUGCCUUUGGUUUUUAUUAUAGAGCUGAAUUUUUUUCUCUCAGAUUUCCAAAUUUUACCAGAUUUUGGUUUUCCUCUUGGAACCAAAGAUGGAUUAUCUUUUGAUGAUUUUCUAUAAAUAUAUACAGUUUUUAUUAGAGUAUAAACACAUGAAAAACUAAUUACAAUAAACACAAUCACUCAUCACUGUAAAAAGCUUUAGUAAGAGGACACUGAAAAUGGUAAGUAUUUGCAGAGGUAUUUGACAAAUGUGUAGUGUAUGAAGACUAGAGAGAAGGAGGCGAAUUGGCAAUGGACAAAUUUCAAAUUUCCGUUCUUUUUUUUUUAUAAAGUUCGCAAAAUUGCCUGUAGUUGGCAUGUCUAAUGACAGCGAAGUCAAUUUUCUAUGUAAGUCAAUGUAAAAUGAAGUGAUUUUUUAAAAAAUUGGUGCAAAGAAUCAAAAUAAUGUUGAAAAAAAGUACCUGAGUACAAGUAACAUGAGUGACAAAAAAUAUCAAAG